AUGACCAUAGAACCUCGUAUGGAGGAUUUGCACCUUACCACAGAUGCCCUAAUCAUAUCCGCUGCAGUAGGAGACUACCGCAUGAGGCGAAUCCUGGUUGAUACCGGGAGCUCAGAAGACAUUAUCUAUGAGCAUUGUUUCAACAGAAUGCAACCAGAAGAUAGAAAGCUGCUUGAAUCAGUACACGCCCCCAUCAAAGGGUUCACAGGGGAAAAGGUUGACCCUAUUGGUCAGAUCACUUUCCCGGUAACUUUUGGGCAAUCACCUAGAGAAAGAACCAUACUCCUGACCUUCCUCGUGGUUCGCGCUGAGUCAUACCACAACAUGAUCAUAGGAAGGUUCACCCUAGGAAAAUUGGAUGCUAUAGUCUCCACGGCGCGAGGAUUCAUGAAGUUUCCUACACCGCGGGGUAUUGCAACUGUGUUUCGUGACAAGAUUGGAGAAGUACUAAGUACCAAAAGAUGCCGCCAAGGGCCCACCGGAGCCACGGGCCCAGAAAGAUGGGUGCUAAGCACACGCCAUCCGGACCAGAUGGUCACAAUCGGGGACACCCUUUCUCCAGAAAUUAGAAACGACCUGAAGCAAUGGUUAAGAAGAAAUGUUGACAUCUUCGAUUUUGAACAUUCUGACAUGACAGGAGUCCCCCGUGAUAAAGCAAAACACAGACUUGCAACGCUCCCAGGCAUUAAGUCGGUCGCACAGGGUAAACGUAGCAUGGCCCCGGACCGACGGGCAGCAGUUGUCAAAGAAGUACGAAAAUUAGUGGAAGCUGGAAUCCUCAGGGAAACACAAUACCAUACAUGGGUAUCCAACCCGGUUAUGGUAAAAACGCCAGAUGGCACAUGGCGAAUGUGCAUUGAUUUCAAAGAUUUAAAUAAGGCGUGCCCCAAAGACGCGUACCCGCUGCCCGAGAUUGACUUAAAGGUCGAUUCCCUGGUACCCUACAGAUUCAAAUGUUUUCUGGACGCGUACAAAGGGUACCACCAGAUCAAGAUGUCCAAAGAAGAUGAAGAAAAAACAGCGUUUCACACCGAUGUGGGCAUUUUCUGUUACACAAAAAUGCCUUUUGGACUACGGAACGCUGGAGCUACCUAUCAGAGACUCAUGGACAAGGUGUUCGAGACACAAUUCGGACGAAAUUUGGAGGUCUAUGUCGACGACCUUGUAAUCAAAAGCAGGGAAGAAAAGCAAAUGUUAGCAGACAUCGAAGAAACUUUUCAGCGGCUUAGAGAGUAUAACAUUAAACUAAACCCAAAGAAAUGCUCUUUCGGGGUGGAAGAAGGGAAGUUCCUUGGGGUAGUAGUCACCCGAGAUGGCUUCAAAGCCAACCCAGAAAAGGUGGCCGCCAUAGCGCGGAUGCCUUCCCCACGAACAUUAAAGGAAGCUCAAGCCCUGAAUGGGCGGCUAGUGGCGAUCAACAGGUUCUUGGCAAGACAUGCCGAGAAAUCCCUGCCUUUCAUAAAAACGUUGAAAGAUUGCCUCAACAAGAAAAACAUCAAAUGGACCAACGAAGCGGAACAAGCUCUGCAAGACAUGAAACGCUUCAUAGAAGGAUUACCCAUGCUGGCAGCACCAAGGCCUAAUGAGGUAUUAAAGAUGUAUUUAGCGGCAGCUCAUACCACAGUAAGCGCUGUGCUCAUGGUUGAACGGGAUGGAAGACAAACACCGAUAUAUUACAUCAGCCGGGUAUUAGCGGGACCCGAAACGCGGUAUCCCACGUUGGAAAAGCUGGUCUUGGCAUUGGUACACGCCACACGGCGACUGAGAAGAUAUUUCCAGGCGCACCGCGUACAGGUCCUAACCAAUUACCCACUGCAACAAGUCCUGCACAAGCCGGAGAUUUCUGGCAGACUGGCCAAGUGGGCAAUUGAACAUGGCGCUUUGGACAUCGAAUAUCAGAAACGCACAGCAGUUAAGGGGCAAGUAAUUGCUGAUUUUCUAGCCGAAAUACCUGAAGGAGAAGCUAUCGUGGACCCAGUCGUCCAGGACAUCCCGGAAUCUAGCACUGCCCGGCAGACCUGGAAACUAUACACCGAUGGGUCAUCUAGUGGAAAGGGAUCUGGAGCCGGCUUAAUGGUGAUAAGCCCAGAUGAGAUCAGGCUAAUGUACGCUUUACGCUUCGAUUUCGAAUGUUCUAACAAUGAAGCGGAGUAUGAGGCACUACUAGCAGGUCUGAGAAUGGCGAAAUCUAUGGGAGCGGCAAGGGUAGAGGCGUAUGUUGAUUCGCUGCUGGUCAACAAUCAGGUAAACGAAACGUACGAAGCCAGAGAUGAAUCGAUGGCAAAAUACUUGGCGAAAACAAAGGAACUCAUGGAUUCUUUUGACAACGUCACGCUCAAUCACGUACAUAGAGGCAAGAAUCAGAUAGCAGAUGCUCUCAGCAAACUCGCCACCUCAGGUAUGGAAAAGGAAGUCAAAGUCGAAACGCUGCAGACACCCUCAAUUGAACCGAGGAAUGUUUCCGCCGUUACGGCGGAAGAUCCUUGCUGGUACACUCCAGUUCUACGUUUCCUUGAAACAGGGGAGCUACCUCCCGCCAAGGGCGAAGCACAGAAGAUACAAACGAAAGCGCUGCAGUAUGAGAUCAAUAAUGGUGUCCUAUACAGAAAGUCUUACCUGGGCCCACUGCUGCGAUGUGUCUCCCCAACAGAGGCAAAGUAUCUCAUCAGCGAAAUCCAUGCAGGUCUAUGCGGCAUACACGCUGGACCCCGGGCGGUGGUAGCCAAAAUCCAUAGCGCGGGAUAUUAUUGGCCUGGGAUGCACGAAGACGCUGUAAUCGAACUUCGGAAAUACCGCAGCUGCCAGAAAUUCGCUCCUCAAACAAUAAGGCCCAAGAACAGCCUAGUACCGGUGACAACAGCAUGGCCUUUCCAGAAAUGGGCCGUUGAUAUCGUGGGACCUUUCCCGCCGGCCCCCGGAAAGUUAAAGUACCUAAUCGUGGCGGUUGAUUACUUCACCAAGUGGGUGGAAGCUAAGCCUUUAGCCAAAAUAACGGGGGAUAAUGCCAAAAAAAUCCUCUGGGAACACAUAGUAUGCCGGUUUGGAUUGCCGCUGUACCUGGUAAGUGAUAACGGAACACAGUUUACAGACAGAAUUUUCCAAGAAUGGUGCACUAAUCUCCACAUCCAACAAAUCUUCACGUCAGUAGCACACCCCCAAGGAAAUGGCCAGGUAGAGCGGACAAACAGAAGUUUGCUGGAUGGCAUUAAGAAACGACUAGGCCACGAGGGAAGCUCCUGGGUGGAAGAGUUGCCAAACGUCCUCUGGGCACACAGAACAAUGCCCAAAACCAGCAACAACGAAACCCCGUUUAGCCUAACAUAUGGAGCGGAAGCAAUGAUACCCGCUGAAGCAGGACUACCGUCACUACGCCGCCUCAACACAGGCGACGACAAUGAUAGAUCUCUAAGGGAAGGCCUGGACUUACUGGAAGAAAGGCGCGAGGCAGCCGCCAUCAGCGAAGCAAAAUACAAGAAGGCAUUGGAAAAAUAUUAUAACAAGCGAGUGGCCAAACAGAAUUUCAAAACAGGAGAUUAUGUUAUGCGUGACAAUGAAGCAAGUAGGAUGGAACCUUCGGGCAAGCUAGGCCCAAACUGGGAAGGCCCUUAUGUCAUCCAAGAAGAUCUGGGCAAAGGGGCCUAUCGCCUAUCUCGACUAGAUGGCACACCAGUACCCCGCAGUUGGAACAUCGCUCAAUUGAGGAAAUGUUACUUGUAA